AUGAAUUACGAAGAUUUAGAGCUAAUAACCGUUUGGUCUUCACCAACAAAGAGCAAUCUGUGUCAAUUCAUCAAGAAAAAUCUUUCGAACGAGCAUGUUCUUACCCAGUUGUUUUUUAUUGAUGCUACGAGUUCAUUUCCGCUAAAUCAAUUCCAAAACCUUGUACCGCCAACCCUGCCAGAAAACAUCAAAAUAUAUGAGAAUAUUAGAAUCAACACUUGCCUUGAUCUCGAAGAACUGAGUGCCAUAACGGCAAAGCUGCUACAAAUCUUAUCCGUGAAUAAAAUAAACGCUCAAAAGGACACAGAGGACGCCGCAACAGUAUCGCUAAGGAUCAUCCUAUAUAUCAAUGGUUUAGAAGUUAUGUUUAGAAACUCUCAAUUCAAAUCUUCUCCUCAGAGGUCGCACGAAUUAUUGAGGGACAUUUUGCUCAAAUUACGUGUAAUGGGGAAUGAUGAGAAAGCAUCCAUAAGAACGCUAUUAGAAUUCCCUAAGGAGCAGCUGUUGGAUUACUACCUCAUAAAGAACAACAAAACAAAUGUAUCAUCUGUGCGUAACAAAAGAAGACGAGUUAAAAAUGGAGAUUCCCUUGCUGAGUAUAUCUGGAAGUAUUAUGCGGAUCUAUUAUUGGAAUGA